CCAGCGCUGUCCGGAUCGCAAAAAGGCCCAGUUCAAGACUACCCAAGGGGUCGAACUCAGUCACCAUGUCGCUCGUCGUUCCGGAAGCCCACCAACAAUUCCAACACAUCCUGCGUCUUUUGAACACCAAUGUCGACGGUAAACGCAAGAUCAUGUACGCCCUGACAGAGAUCAAGGGUGUCGGUCGUCGCUACUCCAAUAUCGUCUGCAAGAAGGCCGAUGUCGACCUCAACAAGCGGGCCGGAGAGCUGAACUCUGACGAGCUGGAGCGUCUCGUUACCAUCAUGCAAAACCCCACCCAGUUCAAGAUCCCGACAUGGUUCCUCAACAGGCAGAGGGAUAUCGUCGAUGGCAAGAACUCCCAGAUCCUGUCCAACGGUAUUGACUCGAAGAUCCGUGAUGACCUUGAGCGGUUAAAGAAGAUCCGGGCCCACCGUGGUCUGCGGCACUUCUGGGGCCUGCGGGUGCGUGGGCAGCACACCAAGACGACUGGUCGGAGAGGUAAGACCGUUGGUGUGUCCAAGAAGAGGGGUUAGAGGGUGCAUCAGUCCCGGAUAUUUACACAGGCAUUAUGUUGUCUACUCUGCCAUUACGUCGUUAUGCUUUCAUUGUACAUCUCCCCAUGUUCUAUGGCAUGAGUCUGUCAGCUCAGGUUGUGUAUACGAAAGUUGAACUCUUCUCGUUUUCAAGAGAGCUAUAGAGUCAUGUGACUCGUCUCGAAUAUUCGCG